AUGGGUCAUGCAGAAACCGGUGGAGGAAAAACUGCAGCUUUUGUGUUACCCAAACUCCACUACAUUAUUAUGGGGCUCGGCGGUGGCUCCCGUGACAGCAAAGGAGGCAGAUUUAUCGCCUUAGUGGUAGCAUCUACCAGAGGAAUAGCAAAACAGCUGUUUGAUUCUUUCAGAAAGCAUGGGCAUCAAACCGAUGUGAAAUGCUGCGUACUUACGGUGAAAUUGCAAGGUUCAAGAAUCUCACGGACAUCCACAAAGGGUGUGAUGUUCUUGUCUGAACUAGUGGAACAUGGACCUCAUACAAAAAGGACACGUCAACUUGUCUCAAAUGAAGUCCACGCUGAGAGCUGCAGUCUGUCUCGGAUUGAGAAGCGCCAGACAUUCAGCGCGACAUUUCCACCAGAUGUGACGGACUUGGAGAGGAAAGUUCUGGAGAACAAUUAUGUAAAAGUCUUCAACGGAGCCAGAGGUAGGGCGAAUGCACGUGUGAAGCAAGAAUUCGUACAGGCGAGUGGAAUCUGUGGAAAAAAUGACAAACUGUUUGGAAUGCUUGAAGAGCAGAGAGAUGAACUUGCCAAAGAUGGUACAAUAAUGCGAACGCUUAUUUUUGUCGAAACGAAAAAACAGGCGGACUUUGUCGCUUUGUUGCUUACCGAAAAGAAUAUGAAAGCAGCCAGCAUUAAUAGCGAUCGGCCUCAGAAUGAACGUGAACGGGUCAUCAAACAGUCCCGUGAAGGCACUGUUCACGUUUUGGGGGACGGAUGUGUGUCAACGCGGGUUUGA